CCUAAUAAGAACCCGUCUUCUUCUUCCUCCUCUAGAAAGCUUGCAGCUUCUCUCUGGGAAUUUUAUCAGUAUUACGACAACGACUAUCAGAUUCAUUCUCCUGCUAUUACUAAAAUGCACAGAGCUCCCUUAGGUUCUGCUGGGCCCAGUAACAACCGUCGUCUCCGUCACGGCCAUGGAAAGGCGGCGGUUGUAGACAAUAAUGGUCUUGAGCUUACUGAUCACCAGCCAGAGAGUGCGGGAAGUAUAAGGAGACAGAUUGGUCAAAUGCUGAUGAAGCAUCAUCAUUUAACUGAAAGAAACGACCAUGCUUUGCAGCCGGUAUCUCCUACAAGCUACGAUAGCUCCCUCGAGGUGGCUCCAUAUAAUGCAGCAGUUUCUCCGGGAAGACGACGAGCUGGUGAGCCUAACUACAAUCUCAAGACAUCAACCGAACUUCUUAAAGUACUGAACCGAAUCUGGAGCCUCGAAGAGCAGCAUUCCGCUAAUAUCUCCUUGAUAAAAUCUUUAAAAACCGAGCUUGCUCAUUCACGUGCCCGGAUCAAAGAACUUCUCAGAUGCCAGCAGGCCGAUAGACGCGAUAUGGAUGAUUUAGUGAAGCAACUCGCGGGAGAAAAGCUGUCAAAAGAUAUAAAGGAACACGAACACGAUCGGUUAAGCUAUGCGGUUCAAUCGCUAGAAGAUGAGCGGAAACUGAGGAAACGUUCUGAGAGUUUGUAUAGGAAAUUGGCACAAGAGCUCUCGGAAGUGAAGUCAACUUUGUCUAACUGCGUUAAGGAGAUGGAGAGAGGGACUAAGUCAAAGAAGAUUCUGGAGAGAUUAUGUGAUGAAUUUGCAAAAGGGAUCAAGAGUUACGAAAGGGAGAUUCAUGGUUUAAAGCAGAAGUUGGAUAAGAAUUGGAAAGGUUGGGAUGAACACGAUCAGAUGGUUCUUUGUAUUGCGGAAUCAUGGCUUGAUGAAAGGAUUCAGAGUGGCAACGGAUCGGCUUUGGAGAAGCUCGAGUUUGAGAUAGAAACAUUUCUUAAGACUAAGCAGAACGCAGACUCUAAAGAAAUAGCAAGAAAUCGCCGGACUUCACUUGAGUCGGUUCCAUUUAACGCCAUGAGCGCUCCGAUUUGGGAAGUCGACCGUGAGGAGGAAGAAGAUUCUGGCGGAAGCGAUUCAAAUUGUUUUGAGCUCAAGAAACAUGGGAGUGAUGUUGCAAAGCCACGACUCGGCGAUAAAACUGAGAAACCAGAAUUAUCAAAAGCAGAUGUUGUGUCUGGUGAAAAACCGAGGAGACGGAAUCAAAGCCCGUCGAGUUUACAAGUGAAGUUCGAGGAUCAAAUGGCGUGGGCGAUGUCUUCUAAUGAGAAAAAGAAAGCUAGAGCCAUUGAAAUUGAGCCUGAGACGGAUAAAGGUGGUAAAGAAACGAACAAUGUGGUUGGGGAAAUGAUUAGAACUCAUCGGAGGUUAUUGUCGGAAACUAGGGAGAUCGAUGAAGCUUCUUGCAGUUACCCAUCAAGAAGUCGAGAGAGCCCGAUUCGUCAAUGGAAUACGAGAACCGUAACACCUGAUCUCAGUGGGCCACAAGGAGUAAAGGACAACACUUUGAAGGCUAAACUAAGCGAAGCGAGAACAAAGAGUUCGAGGCCACGAGUUCGGGUAUUCAAGGGGUGAGUUUCUGAUGUAAUCAUCUAUAUACGGAAGAGCCAUUGUUGGUGCAAUGGUCAGACUCGGAGAUGGAACAAGCUGAGAUGGUUGGCGGAAAUAGACAGGAACUUGAGAA